AUGCAGAUGAAGCAGACGAUCCAGGAUCUGAGCUUCGAGAGCACCCUGUCAGCGCUUUUGCUUGAAAAAGUUGAAGCCAAAGUUCUGGCAGCGGCCACGGCUGCAACACCGCCGCCAGAAACUACAUAUACGCCGAAUAGGCGAAAGGAGGAAAGCAAGCCGCAGACCUUGCUGAAGCCGGAGAAUUUCAUCACGGUCACUGAGUGGUCGAUGCUGGAAAAAGCGUCAGCACCGGCAAGGCUGGAAAUCCUUCUGAGGAGGUAUCUGCAGCUGGGCCUGAGGAACCUCACAGAACAGACGGUCAAGAAAGGCCUGGCCUUCCUCUUGGCACUGGCAGCCGCCGAGCUCAGUCAGAUGCCGACAUAUGAAGAGAUUUACGAAGAGGUCCAAGUCUUCAAGAGAUCUUGGGAAUCCGUGAAAACGGAUGCAGGGCCGACUGAGGUCGGCCUGCUCACGUAUCCCGACGACCCCAGCAGCUUGCCGAAGGCUCUGUUCGACCGAGCCUACAAGGCUGAGGACCCGCCCAUGGGCAAAGACGUGAGGGCUGGGAUCUGGCUAGCUCACGUUCCGAUGCGAUCUACUUCCAAGCUCUUGCAGAAGAACAAGAAGCAGAGGCUGCCGAGGCCAGAUGGCCAGGCCGCCGUGUCUGAGCAGCAGGCGGGCGAGUUCCAGAGCCGCAUGGAGCAGGCCUUCGGGCGACUGGAAAGACUGCUGGACCAGGGCUGCGGUCAGAAUGCCAUCCAGGAUGGUGGGCGAAGGGAGCUGCAGACCCCUGGACGGAACUCCAUCACAGGAGGCGAGCUGAGCAUCGGCUUUGCUCUGGGGAACCCAGCCCAGGCGGCUUCGGCUGCGACACAGCAGACCUCGCCAGGGCGACAGUCGGCCUUGCAGCUAGCCCUGCCUCCAGCCGAACAAGCCGAUGAAGAGGAGUCGCCCCCUGCCGAGAACGAUCUCGAGGACGAAGCUUUGUUCAAGAAGCUCAAAGAUCGCAAAGCUGGGAUUCUGAAGAAGCCGGCCGCUGCAGCUGCAGCGAGUGGCCAAGGAAACUUGGACGGCUGCAUCCAGAAGAACUAUGCUUCUCGCAUGUACAAGCGAGCCGGAACGUGGGCAAAGCAGCAAGGCUUCUCGGAGCAGCAAGUGGUAGAGUGCCAGCGAGAGGCCCACAGAGAGGCCAUUCUGCUGUGGAAGAAGAAGAACGGCGGAUGGGAAAAAGCCAAAGAGAUGGAGCAGUUUGGCUCCCAGGAUGGCAAGCAGGUUGACGUAGGCGAUCUGCCUUCCGAAGCCUGCUUAGUUUUUUUGGAGAAGACGCUGCGCCGGAAAGAGAAGGCGGCGCUUUGGCGCAAGCAGUGGGGCAGCCACGGCUGCGUCUGGGGCCGUUUGCCAAGCACAUGGCGAGUCAGCGUGCGAUCCGGUCCAACCAAGAGCAGCGCAGACCGACCGCGAGCGGCCGAGGUCUGCCCGGCAGCAGCAGAGGUCUGCCCAGAAGCAGGAGAGGUUUGGCCGGAAGCAGCAGAGGUCUGGCCGGAAGCAGCAGCCCAGAAGCAGGAGAGGUCUGGCCGGAAGCAGCAGAGGUUUGCCCAGAAGCAGGAGAGGUUUGGCCGGAAGCAGCAGAGGUCUGGCCGGAAGCAGCAGAGGUCUGCCCAGAAGCAGGAGAGGUCUGGCCGGAAGCAGCAGAGGUCUGACCGGAAGCAGGAGAGGUCUGACGGGAAUCGCGAAGCUAGGCAACGCCAGGAACGAGUGUUUUCGGCAAAAGCUUGGGCCAGCAAUAUGGACGGAGGACGGGGCGACACAGCAAACGAACCAGACAAUCCGUUCAAGCGCUUUCAGCAUGCGUCUCGGCUGCAUGUGCAGGAGGACAAGGAGUCGUUGAGGGUGUGGCCAGAACGUCCGGUUCAAGUUGAAGAGCAGCCUUGUCUACUCUGUGAUGGCGUCGGUUUCGGAACGCGGGAAGAACUUCUGAGCCACAUCGACGACAAGCACGGAGGUCUGCAACGAUAUCGGAAUGCUUAUCUGCAUUUGGAGUCGCUAUGUCCGCACGUGGUUGUGGGCUCCGAAGUGCGACACUACGUGGGCAACUAUGCAGAGUUUUUGCGGCGGUCCGCUAUGGAUUGGGAAGCAUCGGCAUUGUCGUACCCACGGGAGCGCAUCGGAUGCGCCUUCUGCGCGAGGUGUUUCUGGCGGGAAUCUAUGCAAGAGUGUUACUUGAAGGGGUCCAAAUGUUUCAUGGCAGCGGCCGACAGGGUUUGGGAGAUGGUGUCUGUGAAACGUUAUCAUGAGAGAUGGCCUCUCAUUCCGAUCAAGGAGCUAGAAGCCUCCAGUGUCGAUGUGGGCACGUUCGGAGAUCCAGUGCCAGUCUUGCUGCACAAACGGCGAGUUACGGCUGAGAUGACGCGGGGGGAUGUUCCUGCUGCAGUGUGCGAGGACUGCGUAGAGGCCUUUUCGGGCAAGAAGCCUUGGCUUUGCAAAUACGCUUUGGCCAACGAUCUGUGGUUGGGUCGUCCGGAUCCGUUACUAUGGAAAGCGAACAUGACGCACGACAUGUGUCUGGCGCUGGCGAGGACCGUGGCAACGAAAGUAGUGUUGCGUGCCGGGGGCGCUUCUCAGACCGAGAACAGCAACAGGCCCAGCCACUCUUGGGACUUCGUGUUUCAGCAAUCCGGUUUGGUGGGAUCCGCGGUUGUUUUCCACAACGGAGAGGAGAGCAGGGAGACGGUGAGCCGAAUAGCGCGGUUGCGGCUUGACAGGAACGAGUUCCUCGCGCAAGCUGAAGCGCUGCAAAACACGAACCCGGUUUACCAAAGCGGCGUGACUGAAAUCAAUCGAUCGCUCUUGGCCGAAUGGUGCGGCGACCAGGAUGCUGUUGUGCCUCCUCCGGUGCUGGAUUGCGUGGUGGCUGUUCCUGUUGGCGAACACGGGCCCGGCGUCGUUCGGCAAAGCGGGCCUGCCGAGGCGACCGAAGUUGCUCAGCGAGCUCGUGAUUCUUCGGAGUCCGAGACAUGCGUCUUAGCCAUGGAGCCGCAAGUUCAGGACUUUAAUGCUCAUGGCCGAGAAAUCUCUAUGCUGGUUGUGAGCAUGUUGCAGAAGCUGGAAGAGCUGCAGGAGGCAGGCGCUCGGUCGGUUGCGUUGGAGAUGGAAACCAUGGUGGACGAGCAGCGUAAUUUGGUGGACGAGCUGGGUUGCCAAACGAUUUUGGAUCUCUGUCGUCAGAUUCAUGACUCCUGCAGGCAACUCUCCGCUGCGGAGAAGCAAAAUCGCCUGGAGCGAGAAUUGCGAGAUGCCGUCAUGGGCAAGUCCAAGUGGCUGCAUGUUCCGGAAGCAGAUCUUGUGCGCACACAGGCAGAACAGGAGGAUUGCCAAGUUGCGUCAGGAGCAGGCCCUGGGCAGCCCGGUGGAGCACAGGAGAACGGUCGGGCAGUGCCAGAAGCCGAUCCCCAGCAUAGAGAUGCGAAAGAGGAGCACGGUCAGGCGGCACAUUUGCUGGUGGCACGCGGAAAGCAGCCGUUGAGUUUGUGGGAUUGGAAGAUAUGGACCAUGGCCAAACCUAGACUAUGGCGGUAUGGCGACGCCGGAAAUCUUUUCGAGAGGGACACCAACCUGUCCACAUCCGAGUGGGCUGCAUGCUUGCUCUUGCGCGAAGAGCUUGCGUAUGUGGUGGACGGCGAGGCAAAUGAUGAGGCAGAGGAGGCACAGGAUGGGCGACCCGUACUGGGAAGUCAAUCCGUGCAAAAUCGCUUCUCCGGUGAUUGGACGGCAUUACACAUGAUGGCGACGGUGUCUCGCUUGACCGAUCAACGGGCCGCGUCCUACAAUUUCCUGAAGAACGGGGGUAUGGCGUUCGCGAAGAAGCUAGGGGAGCUGAGGGCCGAAGAUCUCGCCAGGGCUGCCCGCUCGGUCAAGGAUGCGUUGCAGGCCGUGAAUGCGGCCUCCGCCACGGUGCUGGGCACGGACGGUCACCGUCGGCUGUGUCGUCACGAAGGCGUGGCUUACAUGGAAGCGUUCGGGCCUCCAUUGAUUUUCCUGACUCCGAACGUGGCGGACACUCAGCAUCCAUUGCUUCUAGUUGUUCAAGGAGAAGCCGUCGAUCUGGGCGCCGUGAGCGCAGACAUGGAGACCGUGUUGCCAAAGUAUCGGGACAUGUUGCGCCGACUGGCACAGGAUCCUGUGGGUCAGACGGUUCAGUUCGAACUCUUGAUGCGUCUUUUCUUUCGGCACGUCUUGAAUGUGCGGCCAGACACACUGGAUUGCCGACGUAACGCGCCUCGUCGCGGAGCGAAGGCCGAUCUCGCGAGAAUGCUGCGGGAGGAGAAACAUGUGCUUCAGCGGCGCCUCCGGACUUUCAUGUGCAUGACGGUCGCGAGCUUCGAGUCCAUAGCCCACGCAUCGGUGCAAGCCGCACCGCGCAUUUUCGGUGAUUUGGAUGCGGGUCGGGCCAUGAGCAUCAGCUCUGUGGCACGCAACCUGUGCAAGUACGAUGGCGGAUGCGAUUUGGAUUUGCUGAAGGAACUGCCGGAUCUGUCUGAAGCUCAACGUCAGUUUCUUGCUAAUUCUUCAGAAGAAGACUUGCGCCGGCCGGAGAUGAGACUGGAGGAAUCGACAGGCGGCGCUUCGUCGAUUUUCAGCACUCCCAUUAACUGUUUGUCUGUGGCGCAGACGCCUGGUUAUCGCUUGCGCAGUUGCAGGGCACAUCGCAAAGGCAAAGCUUUGCGUCCCGUCGUUCACAUCGGCAGCGCUGCAGAGAUGGACUUUGGCUCCGCUGGCAAGAUGCGUCCCAUUCAAUUAACUCCUUUCGAAGUGCAGACCUCUUAUGGCGGCACUGUUGCAGGCCGGCAUAACUUGGAUGUCCAGGACAUGCGGCGCGUGCUCGAUCCGGCCUUGUGGCAGACUCCGAGCGACCGUCUGCCUCAGAUCGCUGGUCCAGUUUCGCAACUCGGUUACAUGGACAAGUUUGAAUGGAAUGGCACCGUCUACGACGAUGUCCAUGCUUCUCGUCACCGUGACGUUCGCAACAGUUUUGAUCCAAAUUUGAUUGUGGCCAUCACUGACUUUCGUGGAGGCCAGAUCUUCGUCGUACGAGACGACGGUGACACCGUUGUGCAAGAUAACGGUGCUGCUGUACGUGGGUUUGUUCUCGACCCCCACGAACAACCCUGCUUGCUUUAUGCUCGGAAGGACGAGCACUUCACUUUGCCUUGGGAAGGUCGGCGACUUGUCUUGGUCGCCUUUUGCAUCGACCCUGUCGAUCGUCUUGAUGCUUCGCAAAAGAGCGAGCUGCUACGACUUAUGACUCCUGCCGCCCUGGAAGGUGCCGGGUGCGCCCCUCCUGCUAACCUCGGAGAGUUGCCUUCAGCAUCAAGCCACCCCGUGGCCCCUAGUCAGAUUUGCCUUGAAAUCUUCGCUUCACCGCCGUGUCUAUCCCAAGCCUUCCGGCGCGUGGGUGUUCGCACCUUGGCCUUGCACCAUGCACCCUCCAAAGAUUGGAACGUUCUCAACAUGAGGUGGGACGUUACGCAGCCAGCCGACGUCCAGGCAUGUUUGCAGCAAGUGCGGGACGGGACUGUGGCUUUUCUCUUUGUCACGGUGCCUUCUGUCCGUCGGACCCGCACUCGGUUGCUGGAGGCGGUCAAAAGUUUCCUUGUCCUGACCCUGGCCACGCUGACCCAAUGUCAAGUUUCCUUCUGCUUUUGUGUUCCGAUCACUGCGCCUGUCUGGCGUUCCCUUGAGACGCAGGCUGUUGGUGUAACAUACCAUGUAACACAACUUGAUUUGUGCAUGUUCGGUUGUGAUCGUCAAAGAAGGGUACGGUUGCUGCAUAACGUCCCGGCCUUGCGUGGCCUCAGCCGACAAUGUGAUGGCCAGCAGCGACAUCUCCCGUGGAGCCCUUCCGCUCCCGGUGCCUCGGAUGCCCGCAACUUGCCCGAGACCUUUUGCCGCGAUGUGGUGCAAGCCUGUGCUGCACUUCUGUCGGGGGCCGCCUUGCCUACCAAGCUGCGUCCUGCAUCCGUUGCCUUGCAAGGGUUCACUCAGCUUAGCGCGGUUCCCCCGGUAGUGCCCGAAUACAAAACCGUGAUUCGGGCUAGUGUUCCUGCCGAUUUCACCCCGCCUGAAUGCAUCCCGCCUCGAGGUUGUGCCAUGCUACCACAAUUUCCGGCUGGUGCGGUGCUUCUCAAAGCUGGCAGGCUCGAGUCUGUCACGGCACAGGAGAUUAGAGGGAGACAUCACGUGCCGGAGCCAGGAGGCGAAAAGGGGCAUGUGCACAGUGCUCCCUGCUCCCCGGACCCGCUAGGGACUUCAGGAGUUGCCUAUGGCGUGCCAUGGUCCGUGAAUGAGUUUCUCGAGCAAGCAUUGAAAGCGGAUCACCCUUGCAACACCUUGACCAAUGCCUUAAAAGCGCUGCUUCAGUCUGAAAUCGAACUCCGAAAUGACGAAGCAACCCUGCAUCAGACGUUGCAUCCCGAGGUGCAGCGUGCCCUAUCAGGGAAAAGGCUUUUGCUUUUUCGAAAGCUUGCGUGUGCAGCCGGGGUCGAGGACCCGACUUUGUUCCAGGAGAUCUGCGAUGGCUUCAGAAUUCUUGGAUACUCACAUCCGAGCGGGCAGUUUCCAGUCUCCUUCAAAUAUGCUUCUAUGUCUGAAAGCGAACUCAGGGGCGCAUCAAAGUGGGUGCGAGCUAUGCUCAAGGCCCCGGGUCCGGGAGAGGCCGCCGAAGUCUCACAUGAGUUGUGGGAUGAAGCUGUAUCCCAGUCUCAGGAUGGAUCUGGCUGGCUGUAUGGUCCUUAUACAGAGAGCGAACUUGAUGCAAUGUUCCCGGACGGGUGGGUGCCAUCCCGCCGGUUCGGCGUGAAGCAAAGGGAUCGCACUCGAGCCAUUGACGACCUUCGUGCGUCUCCGGUAAACUCACUCACUGCGGACAAAAUCGUACUUCAGGAUAUUGAUGUCGUGGCCCAGACUGCCCGAGCUUUCAUGUCAGCUCUGAUCAAGGACAAACCAAAACCCUUAGAUUUGAAAAGUGCUUACAAACAGCUCGCUUCGGCACCUUGCGAUGGCUGGGCAUGCAUCCUUGCAGUAUGGGACCCCUCGAGCAAAAAGUAUCGCUACUUUAGAUUCGCGACGCUCCCCUUUGGAGCCGUGCACUCGGUCACUGCCUUCAAUCGAGUGGCUCGAGCAUUAAGGGCCAUCCUACUGAAGAUCGUGCGUCUGGUUGUGACCAGCUUUUACGAUGAUUACUGCCAGCUCGAGGUGGACGAACUGGCGGGCUCCGCUCAAGCCACCGCACAGAUUGUUCUUCAGCUGGUAGGCUGGCGCAUAGCAGAGGACCCCAAGAAGUGUUUGCCCUUCUCCCAAGUGUUUGCCAUGCUUGGUGCGAGUUUCUCUUGGCACCGCUCACCGGAAGGCAUCUUAGAAGUCGCAAACAAGGAGGGCAGGCUGCAGACUCUCCGCACACUGGUGGACUCCGUGUGUGCCGAUGGCUUCGUGCACCCGGGUGUGUUGGCAAGCUUGAAAGGCAGGUUCUUGUAUGCUUCGACGCACACCUUUGGCAGAGUUGCCAUGAUGGCAGUGAAUUGCUUGAACCGCCAUCUUUCAGGGGGAGGGGUGCUCAAGCUUGGUGCAGACGAGCAUGUCCUCCUGCAGCACACCGUCGAUCUCCUUGAAUAUAUGCGGCCUAGGGAGGUCAAAGUGUCAUCCCACGACCGUCCGGUCGUCAUCUUCACGGACGGUGCACAUGAAGAGGACGAAGAUCUGACGUCGCACGGGGCUGUUCUGAUUGACCCCUCCAGCAGAACGCUCCUUUUCUUUGGCGAGAGGGUGCCGCAGGCCUUUGUCGAGUCACGGCGGUCCUCCGGGCGCAAGCAGCUUGUGGGCCAAGCAGAGGUCCUGCCCGUGAUCACGGCCAAAGAAGGCGGGUUCUCUGGUUCAUCGACAACGAUUCAGCCAAAGCCGCCCUAG